CCCAGUAGGAAGGGCGCAUCCCGGAUAGCUAGCUGGCUAGCUGUACUCAGCGUAUAACGAUGGCAGUAAACCUGAGCAAAAACGGCCCCGCGUUAACGGCCGCGUAUAAAGACGUGGUGGAUGAAAAAUCCAGCACCAACUGGGCCUUGUUUACUUAUGAGGGAAACAGUAAUGAUAUCCGUCUGGCAGAAACAGGGGAUGGAGGUCUGGAGGAGUUGGUUGAGGAACUCAACAGUGGAAAAGUCAUGUACGCUUUCUGCCGCGUCGAGGAUCCAAAUUCCGGCCUGCCUAAAUACGUCCUCAUCAACUGGACCGGGGAAGGAGUGAACGACUCCAGGAAAGGACUGUGUGCAAACCAUGUCAGCUCCAUGGCCAAUUUCCUUAAGGGAGCCCACGUCACGAUAAACGCCAGAGCCGAGGAGGACGUGGAGCCCGAUGUGAUCGUGCAGAAAGUAGCGAAAGCCUCAGGAGCCAACUACAGUUUCCACAAGGAAUCCUCCGGUCGCUUCAGGGACAGUGGUCCUCAGGGUCCUGUGGGCUCAGUGUAUCAAAAGACCAACGCUAUGUCUGAAAUCAGAAAGACCAAUAAAGACACCUUCUGGGCACAGACGGAGAAAGAAGAGGAGAAACGUCGGCAGGAGGAGCGGCGCAAGAUGGAUGAAGAGCGCCAGCAGCUGGAGAGAGAGAGGAAAGACAGGGAGGCCAAAGAGGCAGCGCUGAGGGAAAAGAGGGACAAAGAGAGAGCUUCUGAAAUCGAGCAACAGAAGAAGUACCAGCAGCAGCAGGAAGCUGAGAACAAAGAGCACGAGAAACAGCGCUGGGAGGAGCAGAAGGAGAAGGAGUCGGUCCAGAAGAAAGCAGUCAGGAGAGGGGAAUCUGUGGAGAAGGCCAAUGAGGCGGCCUCUCUCAUCUCUCAGCGCGCCAUGAACCCCAGGGAGAUGUUCAUGCAGAGGGAGAGAGGAAUAACUCCCAGUGACGCAGACGUCCCCUCUGCGGCCCCCGCGAGUUCACAGCCAGGGCGUCUGCACAGCCCGUUUCUGCCUAAGCAAGCGUAUGAAUCUGAGCGAGCCGGCUCACCUCAGCGCCAAGCUUCGCCUGAGCCCGCGGGCUCCGCCUCUCCCGUCCGUGCAGCAGAGCCUGAUGUGGAUGACCUGGAACAGUCCAGGUGUGAGUAUGAUGAGCAGGAGGAGGAGGAGGAGGCAGCAGCUCCUCAGGACCAGCAGAAAGAGGAGGCACCGGUAGUCGACAACACUCCCGUCCAGGAGCCGGCGCCUGAAGAGCCUGUGCAGGUGGAGGAGAAUAACUACGAGGUGGCGACUGACGAGAGCUCGGCUAAAACUGUCUGUGCCAGAGCCUUAUACGACUACCAGGCUGCCGACGACACGGAGAUCUCGUUCGAUCCCGACGACAUCAUCACCGGGAUCGAGAUGAUCGACGAGGGCUGGUGGCGAGGAUACGACCCCAACGGCCACUUUGGAAUGUUCCCAGCCAAUUACGUGGAGCUCGUCUAGCCUGCCGCGGCCCCGCCUCCUCCCCUCCUCCCUCCUCCUCCUCCUCCUCCUCCCUCUCUUCCCCUUCCACCCCACAGAUCAUCACACAGACAGUAACACACACACACACACACACACACAGCAGAGUCAGUCGUCAGGCUGACAACACGGAGCAAAUGAGUCUCCACAUCAAGGACCAAUGAAAAAAAAAAAAAAAGGUUUCCAAAAAGAAAAAAGUCAUUUCAUUAAAUGAUUAAUGUUGAUGGCAUAGUUUAGGGAUUCGUGGAAACUUAAAGUCCCUCCCACUCAGUCUUUACCUGUAAAUGUGAUGCAGUACAAUGAUCGGCCUUCGUUAUCAUGAGAAGUUCUUACAUUUCUAGUUCACAUUCCUUUACAAAGUGACUUCAGUUCUAAUUCAGGUAUUAGUUUUAGGGCUGGGUAUCAGCUGAUUUUCCGCUUUAUCGCUUUGAUCAGUUUUUUCGAUAUGAUGCGAUUCACAGUAAUGAGACAUUUCACUUUCCAUGCCAGGUUUGCUUGGUGUUGAAAGAGAUUUUCACAGAAUUAAGACUGAAAACUGUAUAAAAUCUGGAUCUCUCUCACAUGGUACGUCAUUAAAAAUAUCAGGGAUGCACAAUAUUAUCGGCACAAUAUCCGUGUCGGACGAUAUUGACUUUAAAAUACAACUGAAUAAAACAGAAGGCUGAAUAUCUACAUAUGUGUUCAUUUCACAAAAGAAGAGAUGAAUUUACCUGAGGUUGGGCGUGGGGGACGUAUAUAUAUUGGUAUCGAUAGCGGUUACUGUGUGUCAGCAAAGAGUCAAAUAUCGUGCAUCCUUUAAGUAGUUACAUUAACACACUCUGUGUUUAAUUUGACCACACAGUGCAAUACAGUCGUUAAUAAUUCAAGCUCAAACAUGAAAACAUUUGUUAAAAAUUAAUUAAAAAGGUCAAACUAUCCAGCCUAGAAGCUCUUCAGACAUUUAAAGUAAUUAACCAAAGAAAAACGGAGAUGUUUUGAAGUGAUGGAUGGAACGGAAAACACAAACAAACUAAAAAUGUCCUCCUCAGCAGCAAGAGAUCCAUCCAAUAAUUAUAGGACUCAGCAUCAGAUCGAUAUGAAUCAGAAAAUCAGUUGUUUCAUUUAACCCAGCCCUAAUGAUUUUGUUGCUUGUAGCAAACGCGUUUCAGGAGGAAAAAAAUCAAAGACGGUGUUUUUGCCUUGUUUGUUGUUUCUUUGCCUUUCUUUACCGGCAGACUGAAUUUUCCUUUUUUUUAUUAUUCUUAUUCUUAUUGUUAUGAUGCAGUUGAACCUCUUACAUUCUGUGUGAAUUAAAACAACAAACCUUUUUUUAGCUUAAGUAAACUGUUCCGACUGUGGUUGACGUGAGUAUUUAAGAAAUCAUGUUUGCUGUGCUCCUGCUGGGGGAGUGAGAAACAGGGCAAAGUUUCCCUUUAACUGUGACUAAACUGGGUCUAAACGCUUAUGUUUUCAUUUCAAUCUCCUUCUGUGAAUCAGAUCAUUUCAACACGUCUUCACGCGCGCUAAAAUCACGUCGGGAUCCUUUCUGCUCUGUCAGAUUGGGAUUGGAAGAGAAAAAUCUUUUUUUUUAAACCUUUUGAGGGUCGGUCGUCGUCAGGAAACAAUGUGUUUGUUGCAUCAUUCCUUCAUUCAUUCCUUCAUUCAUUCAUGUUUGUUUUUCCCAGAGUCUAUAUAAUAAUGCACAGACAUUCUUCAUAAUAAAACAAAUAAACAAGCA